GAUUGGCGUAAUAAUUUUUUUAUUGUACAUAAAAUUGGGGAUAAGUGCGAUCGUCGGAGCUGUUUGCUGCAUUUUAAUAGUCACGCCGAUGCAGUUACUUCUGGGGAAGAAAAUGUCGCGGAAUUUGAAAUCGAUAGCAGAAAAAAGUGACGCAAGACUGAAGCUGUUGAACGAAGUACUUCAAGGCAUAAGACUGGUCAAGCUGCGUGCGUGGGAAGUUGUUUUUGAGAAAAAAAUAUCAACAAGUCGUGAUGAAGAAUUGACUCUCCUUGACAAGGACUCGAUUUACUGGGGAUUUAUAACAUUUCUUACACACGCCUCGUCAGUAUUGAUGACUCUGUUCACCUUCGGCGUGUACUUUUGGCUGGAAGAGACUCAUUUGGAUGCGGGGAACGUAUUUGCGAGUUUAGCUCUCUUCUCCCAGCUCACCGUCCCACUAUUCAUCUUUCCCGUUAUCGUUCCGAUUAUUUUAAAUGCCAUAAUCUCUACAAAGCGACUUGAGGACUUUUUAUCCCUGCCAGAAGUCGCCGAUGUCGUGCCCAACACUCGAGAAAAUUAUCUCGAGAAUAAUGACCAUCGGACGUCCAUGGUUACUGUCAGCAGUGACGAAGAAAAGAACCUCCAAAGUAUCGCAACAUUUGGAACCCUAGGAAACAUAACAGAAGACGACGAAGAUCGUCAAGCUUUCCAAGUACUGAGCACCUACGAGGCGAGUUCUUCCGACACCGUGUUCGAAAAAGACCCGGAGCCUAUGAAACCAGCAGUACUGUACAUCAAAGGCGUGUUCUCCCUAGGAGAAGACACCCACCUCCAAGUCGACGACCUGGUGAUCCCCCGAGAAAAACUAACUCUGAUCGUCGGAAAAACCGGGAGUGGAAAAACUUCUUUGAUCUCCGCCAUGCUGGGAGAGAUUCCUCAACUACGAGGACAAGUUUCUUGGAGCAGAGACACACAUCUCGCCUACGUUCCUCAACGUCCUUGGCUAUUGAACACCAGUCUCCGUGAGAACAUUGUUUUCGGGUCAAUGUACAGUCGCACUCGCUACCGAAAUGUCCUGAAAGCCUGCGCUCUGCAGCCUGACGUGGAAAUUCUUCCCGGGAAAGACAUGACCCGAAUUGGUGAAAAAGGAAUUAAUUUAAGCGGCGGGCAGAAGCAGCGAAUUGCCAUAGCUCGGGCGAUUUACAGCGACGCGGACACUGUAAUCUUCGAUGACCCUUUGUCAGCGUUGGACCAGCAAGUGGGUCAGCAUAUCUUCGACCAGGCGAUCCAGAAACUUCUCCUGAGGAAAGGCAGAACGGUGAUUAUGGUAACCCAUCGCCUGGAAUUGCUUCGUGCAGCGCAUCACGUCGUUUCGAUGGAGAAUUGCCAGGUGAGAGCGAUGGGCACGAUGUCCAGCAUUGAGCUGACGGACCCCCAGCUGGUGGAAGAGUGGCGGGAGGCCGCUCGCAGGCGCUUGGACAUCUCAGUCCAGGAUCAAACAGUUCCCAAGACUGCGAAGGAUCGUUGGUCCCUUGUCAGACUCGUUUCUCGCAUCGCUGGGAUUUCAGUAAAACACCGGCACGCGAGCGACGGCUCCUGGAUCACUGACCAGGACGCCCACGUGUCUCCGCCGGCCUUUGUGCCGCUGAGACUCCGUAAAUCGAUGAUGCUAGGGUCCAGGUACCUGGCUCAUGAUCUGACAGACCUCCCGGUCGCCGACGAGUGGGGAGUCGUUCGAAAAAGGACCAGGAAACACCGCAUGGCCAGCAGAGCAACUAGUCUACAGCCUGCCAAGCAUCCGCCUCCGGUUUUGAGACAAAGUUCAACGCCCACCAUGCUGGAAACUCAUCAUAUUAUUCCACGCAAGAGGCAUCACACUGUUGACAGCGGACAGAACAGUGUUCUAAGGCAGUUUUUCUCAGGAAGGAUUUUAGCCGCUGAUGAGGUUAAUAAAGACCGCAAAGGCUUAAAGAGGCUCAUGUCCACUUCUUCUAGUAAAACUAAUCCGGAAUGGGAGUAUUACACUGAGAAUAAGUCUAUUCGACGGCUUUUGUCUACGGAAUCAGGAAUCAGCGAGAACCUGGAAGAAGAAAAAUGUACAGAAUGCCAAGAACUUCCCGAGGUUACAGGAAUUGAGGAAGAUGGUGGUUUAGUGACUACUAAAGUUUGGUUGAAUUAUCUAAAAGCCGGAGGCAUAACUCCAGGCCUUACUUAUCUUGCAGCAGCGCUGGGAUGUCAGGCUCUAAGAGUCUACACGGAUCUCUGGCUCAGCGAAUGGACGGCUUUGGGAAAAAAUCCUCCCAAGUCUGAAAUCACCAUAAGCACGCACCAGCAAACGGUUUUCUACUUCCAGAUGUACAUAAUCCUGUCAGUGAGUUCAAUUAUUCUAGCGGCGCUUAAUAGCGCGGCCGGACAGUGGGCAGGAACACGCGCCAGAGAAAAGUUGCAUCGUAAAGCGAUUGCGACUGUACUUCGCGCCCCGAUGAUUUUUUUUGAGCACACUCCGAUCGGCAGGAUUUUAAAUCGCUUUAGCGCUGAUGUCGGAGUAAUUGAUAAAAAAAUCUCAACUUCAUUCCAGAGGCUCACGUCCUUCGCUCUACUCUGCGGGUCUGCAAUAAUAGUAAACAUCGCAAUAUCACCGUGGUUUUUAUUAGCUGCAGUACCAACCUGUCUAGUGUAUUUUUUCCUUCAAAGAUUUUAUCGCGUAAGUGCUCGUGAACUUCAGCGACUUGAGGGCAGCACCCGGGGACCAGUCGCCGCGCAUUUUUCAGAAACACUAACAGGUCUCCCGGUUUUAAGAGCUUCUAAACAGCAAGAUAGAUUUAUGGACGAUAUGAUUGAGUGCUUGGACGCAAACACAAACGCCUUUUUGAUUUUAAACACCAGCAGUCGCUGGCUGGGCAUCGCUCUGGAUUACUUAGGCGCUGUUGUAGUUAUUGCGUCAAUAUUUGCAGCUUUACUUUCCGCGGAGUUGUAUCCCGAGCGUGUAACACCGGCAUUAGUUGGCCUGGCUAUAAAUUACACGUUUUUGGUUCCUAUUUAUUUGAACUGGGUUGUUAAAUUUAUUUCGGAGAUUGAAAUGUACAUGGGAAGUGUAGCGAGAAUCAGCGCUUAUAUCAAGACUGGUCGCGAAAAUUAUCGCGAGAAUGGAUACGUAGCAGAAGAAAGUUGGCCCGAAAAAGGUGAAAUAAUAUUCGAGAACGUUUCACUGCGUUACCAUUCAGAUUGCGACGCAGUUGUAAAUAAUCUGAAUCUCCGAAUUCCCGCUGGACAAAAAUUGGGAAUUUGUGGCCGAACUGCCAGCGGAAAAUCAUCGACUGUAAUGGCACUUUUCCAAUUAUUGGAAGUAUCUCGAGGACGAAUUAUCAUCGACGGUAUAGAUAUCAAGCGUGUGUCAUUGGCAAGUCUCAGAUCAAGGCUGUCGGCUAUUCCGCAAGACGUUAUUAUGUUCAGCGGGACAGUUCGAGAAAAUUUAGAUCCUCUUUCUGAGCACGAUGACGAGCAACUCUGGAUUGCGUUGGAACUUGCACAAAUGAAGGAUGUAAUUGCUUCUCACCCAGAAGGUCUCAAUCUGGAAGUACGUGAAGGCGGUGAGAAUUUUUCAUCAGGACAAUUACAAUUACUAAGCAUGGCACGAGCGACUUUGCGUGAUUCAGCGGUAGUGGUACUCGACGAAGCCACAAGUGCUCUCGAUUCGUCAACAGAAAAAAAUUUAUUACAAGCUGUCUCUAAAACGUUUAAGGACAAGACUGUCAUAACGAUUGCGCACAGGGUAACGUCUCUGCUGUAUUGCGACCGAGUCAUCGUAUUCCACGAGGGAAAAAUAGUCGAAGAGGGCUCGCCGAAGGAACUGUUCCUUCGGUCUACCGGAUUUUUUGCCGAAAUUGUGGAAACGCUAUCGCGAACUCAAGCCAGGAGAGUUUCUAACAAUGUCACGGAAUCGGAGGACAAGAUGAGGUUUUCGUGCUUUCCGAGAGCUACUAUCCUGGGACAGAAGGGUAGCAUCAACCUUACCACCGUCCCAGGACACGAAGAUAGUUCUAGUGUUACUGGUAUCAGUAUUAUCAGUAAUAAUGGAGACGCCAGAGAACCAAUUCCCAUGAGCUACAAACGCGCUGCAGAUCUUGACAGCACAGAAAUAAUAAGUCACUAUGCAAACCCGACUUCAAAUGGAUCAGCGCAUCCCAACAUUGAGGCCCGAGGGUUCGAAAUGGUUAACCUGGUGCGUUCAAAUACUGCGGAAUCAAAUUUAUCGGUACAAGCUAAAAUUCCUCGAGGAGGUGUUAUAGGACGUACCCCGACUCCGCCAUCCGCUCCAACGCCUGUUUACGAGAAAGAUCCAAGGUCAAGAAAACAAAUAAAACGGGCGAUCCUCGAAAAUGAGUUCCUGGGAAAUCUGGAAGAGGCGCAAGUCGAAGCCCUGGUGUCUGCUAUGUAUCCGAAAAACAUUCCACCAAGUACACUAGUUAUUCACGAAGGUGAUAUAGGUUCUCAUCUUUAUGUCUCGGCUGACGGAGAGUUUGACAUUUACGAGGGCAGUAAAUUUCAAAGCAGUUUUGGUCCGGGAGUUGCUUUUGGCGAACUUGCCUUGUUAUACAAUACUAAACGACUCCGGUCUAUUAGUGUAAAAAAAGGAGGCAAAGUCUGGGUUUUGGACCGAUCAGUAUUUCUAACAGUGAUGAUGAGAAGCGCCCAAGAUCGCUUGGAAGGAAAUUUGAGAAUUCUACGCAAAGUAUCUGUUCUACAAAAACUCCCCGAGCCAAAGGAACACGUAUUCGCGAAGAUAUCUGAUCUAAUACGCGUAGAAUUCUUCCCCGCGGGCGCGAAGAUCGUGAAGCAAGGCGAGAAAGGAGACAAAUUUUUCAUAAUAAGUGGCGGUAAUGUAAGGAUAACUCAAGACACCGAGUACGGUGGUGAAGAAGAGUUGGUAGUGCUGGGAAAGGGCCAGUAUUUUGGAGAGAAAGCUUUGUAUGAUAAAGAAGACAACCGAAGACAAGCUAAUGCCAUUGCUCUGGCACCCGGAGUCGAGUGCUUGACUCUUGAUGGAACCUCGUUCUUGAACUACCUUGGCGGCUUGGACGAGAUACGGAAUAAAGACUGGCUAGCGGAGUACGAAAAGCAGAAGCGUUCGUUGACACCAAAACUGUGGACUAAUGAGUACUCGGAAGUUACGUUGUAUGAUCUAGAGAGUCGAGGAACUCUAGGAGUUGGCGGGUUUGGCCGCGUUGAGCUGGUGACCCUCAGAGCUGACCAAAACAAGAGUUUCGCGCUGAAGAAGUUGAAAAAGAAGACUAUGGUAGACCAGCAGCAGCAGGAACACGUACUUAAUGAAAAGUGUAUAAUGCAGGCCUGUGAUUCCCCGUUUAUCUGCAAGUUAUACCAAACAUACAAAGACUCAAAGUACGUCUACUUCUUGAUGGAAUUGUGUCUGGGAGGUGACGUCUGGACUACGCUCCAACGGAGACGUUACUUUGACGACACGACAGCCCAAUUCAUGGUCGGUUGCGUUGUCGAGGCACUCGAUCAUCUUCACUCGCUCAACAUUGUUUAUCGCGAUCUGAAACCUGAAAAUUUGAUGCUCGACAGCAGAGGAUAUCUCAAGCUUGUUGACUUUGGGUUCAGUAAAAAAAUAGGUCCCGAUAAGACUUGGACGUUCGCUGGCACUCCUGAGUACGUUGCACCCGAAAUUAUACUCAACAAAGGCCAUGAUAGAGCCGUAGACUAUUGGGCCUUAGGAAUUCUGACCCACGAAUUACUGGUCGGCAAACCCCCGUUCCGCGGGUCAGAUCACAUGACAACGUACAAUAAAAUUCUAAAAGGCAUUGAAGUUGUUGGAAUUCCAUCAAUUGUAAACAAAAAUGCAAAUCAUCUUAUAAGAAAAUUAUUGAGACUGAGCCCUUCUGAGCGACUCGGGUAUCUGAGAAAUGGGAUCCAAGAUAUCCGUGAUCAUAAGUGGUUCGCUAAUUUCAAUUGGCCAGCAUUGCAGCGGCUUGCUUUGCCAGCGCCAAUCGUCCCUACGAUUCAAAGCCAAACAGACACAAGAAAUUUCGAAAGAUAUCCUCCAGACCGUGAAAUUCCACCUGAUGAAUUUUCCGGCUGGGACAUGGACUUUUAA